CUGGAUGGAUGUAUAUAUAUUUGUGAGAAAUAAGACAGAGGAAUACCAUUUCAUCGAAUAACACGAUCAGGAGCACAUCAGAGAUUUUCCAUAUAUAAUUUGCCAUGGAGUGCAGCUAUGCGAAACAGGGACCUUGUGGUUUCAGAGUUUUGAAUUCCUUGGCCCUCAUCACCUUUCUUCAUUUUUCCUCAUGGAAAGGAGUAGAUGGUUGGUCAUAUCAUUACUCCAAAACGACUAUGAACUGGGAAAGUGCAAGAAAGUGGUGCCAGAUGCACUACACAGACAUGGUGGCCAUUCAGAAUCAGGGAGAAAUUGCACAUCUGAAUGAAUAUUUGCCAAGGCAAGGAUCUUACUACUGGAUUGGGAUUCGUAAAAUCGAUGGCAUUUGGACCUGGGUUGGAACUAAGAAAACUCUGACGGAGGAAGCCAAAAACUGGGCCGUGGGGGAACCAAACAAUGGGAAGAACAAUGAGGACUGUGUGGAAAUUUACAUAAAGAGGGAAAUAGAUGGCGGGAAAUGGAAUGAUGAACCCUGCAGGAAAAAGAAAACUGCUUUGUGCUACACAGCAUCUUGUCAGCAGGACUCCUGUGGUGGCCAUGGAGAAUGUGUUGAAACCAUCAACAGUCAUGAAUGCAAAUGUCAUGAAGGCUUCUCUGGAGAAAAAUGUGAACAUGUUGUUGCCUGUGAGGCGAUGGACAACCCCAGACUAGGGUCCUGUUCUCACCCUUUUGGGAAUUUCUCCUACAAUUCUACCUGCCAGUUCACCUGCGAAGAUGGAUAUCAGUUGAGCGACUCAAGGCCAAUAAGGUGUACAGCAUCAGGGAACUGGUCGGCAGACCCUCCGCUUUGUGAAGUUGUGAAAUGCCCAUCGCUGGACAAGCCCAUUGAUGGCAGUAUGGUCUGCUCUUCUGAUGAGUCAAGCUACAACUCCACCUGCAGCUUCAGCUGCGCAGCUGGCUUCCAGCUGCUCGGAGCCCCCACCGUCAUCUGCACAGAGUCUGCACAGUGGAGCCAGGAGACGCCACGCUGUGAAGCUAUCAAGUGUCCGAGUCCAGAAGGGGGCGCUCACGUGACGAUGAAAUGCACUGACUCUUUGGACAGUCUGAGUCUGAACUCCAGUUGCAGCUUUAGCUGUGAGGAGGGCUUUGAUCUCCAGGGAGCAGAGAGCGUUCAGUGCUCUGAGACGGGAGAGUGGAGCGCUGACCCACCCACCUGUACAGUUGUGAAAUGCCCGUCGCUGGACAAGCCCAUUGAUGGCAGUAUGGUCUGCUCUUCUGAUGAGUCAAGCUACAACUCCACCUGCAGCUUCAGCUGCGCAGCUGGCUUCCAGCUGCUCGGAGCCCCCAGCAUCAUCUGCACAGAGUCUGCACAGUGGAGCCAGGAGACGCCGCGCUGUGAAGCUAUCAAGUGUCCGAGUCCAGAAGGGGGCGCUCACGUGACGAUGGAAUGCACUGACUCUUUGGACAGUCUGAGUCUGAACUCCAGCUGCAGCUUUAGCUGUGAGGAGGGCUUUGAUCUCCAGGGAGCAGAGAGCGUUCAGUGCUCUCAGACGGGAGAGUGGAGCGCUGACCCACCCACCUGUACAGCUGUGAAAUGCCCGUCGCUGGACAAGCCCAUUGAUGGCAGUAUGGUCUGCUCUUCUGAUGAGUCAAGCUACGGCUCCACCUGCAGCUUCAGCUGCGCAGCUGGCUUCCAGCUGCUCGGAGCCCCCAGCGUCAUCUGCACAGAGUCUGCACAGUGGAGCCAGGAGACGCCGCGCUGUGAAGCUAUCAAGUGUCCGAGUCCAGAAGGGGGCGCUCACGUGACGAUGGAAUGCACUGACUCUUUGGACAGUCUGAGUCUGAACUCCAGCUGCAGCUUUAGCUGUGAGGAGGGCUUUGAUCUCCAGGGAGCAGAGAGCGUCCAGUGCUCUCAGACGGGAGAGUGGAGCGCUGACCCACCCACCUGUACAGCUGUGAAAUGCCCGUCGCUGGACAAGCCCAUUGAUGGCAGUAUGGUCUGCUCUUCUGAUGAGUCAAGCUACAACUCCACCUGCAGCUUCAGCUGCGCAGCUGGCUUCCAGCUGCUUGGAGCCCCCAGCGUCAUCUGCACAGAGUCUGCACAGUGGAGCCAGGAGACGCCGCGCUGUGAAGCUAUCAAGUGUCCGAGUCCAGAAGGGGGCGCUCACGUGACGAUGGAAUGCACUGACUCUUUGGACAGUCUGAGUCUGAACUCCAGCUGCAGCUUUAGCUGUGAGGAGGGCUUUGAUCUCCAGGGAGCAGAGAGCGUCCAGUGCUCUCAGACGGGAGAGUGGAGCGCUGACCCACCCACCUGUACAGUGGUGACAUGCCCCUCAUUGGAGAAGCCCAUUGAUGGAAACAUGGUCUGUUCCUACAUCUCUGAUGAGUUCAGCUAUCCCUACAGCUAUGGCUCCAACUGCAACUUCACCUGUGAUGAAGGCUUUGAACUUCAAGGAUCCGAAACCCUGACCUGUAACAUACAUGGAAACUGGACUGGAGAAGUACCUACAUGUCAAGCCGGGCCUUUGUUGAGCCCCACGUCAUUAGGUCUGGCAGCAGGGGGCACCAUUGGCUUCCUGUCCAUGCUCUUGUACCUUGUGAAGCGACUUCGGCAGAGAGCAAAACAUUUUGAACUGAAUAGCUCCUUAGAUGAAGAUAUUCCUCCUCAAGUGUACAAGAACAGCAUUGACAGCCUCAUUUAAAGCUAAUCUUAAAAAUAGGGAUGUGGAACAAUAAGAAGAUUGUACCCAAGAUUGCACGUCUGCCUCAACAUAGAAGACUGAAUGAGUUCUGUCUGUGAAAAUCCAUGUUGUCCUGAGUACUUUGUGACUGUGAAGAUCAAUCAUUGUGUGAGAUAUGAUAUAUGUGGUAUGAAAUGUGCUGGACAAUGACUUCUGUUAAUGUGAAUAUUUAUCUGAUUUGCCAUUCACUUUCCUCCCUAUGGGAGGUAUAAAUUGAAACUUGUAAAUAAAGAGCAAAUUGUUCUUCUGCUUACACACUUUCAUGGUUAUAAAAUCAGAGAAAUCCUCCAGAUUUCCAAAUACAUUCCAUCACACAGGGUUUAGUAGCUUUACUCCAUAUCGUGUCAUGCUGAACCAUUGGAAAUAAUUAUUCAUUUUGUAAAUAAAUGGUUAUUUAUUAUUUGAAAUGCCUGUUAUCUAUUCUGAAUGUGUAGACACAUUGAAAUGUUUUAAAAUAAAUAUUUUUCACAUUUA